AUGAUUGAUGAGGAGGUGCGGCCCCUGUAUGUGAAUAUGUCGGGCAAACGGAUUGAGUGUAAAGGACCUAAAAACAAGUACAACAUAUCGAUAGAGAGAUACAAUUUUACGGGAAUUAGAGUGACCAGUGAUUUGAAUAAAGUGUUGAAUUGUUGGGCAAAAAGUGUGAAAAGGUUUCGGAAAUCCGAUGUUAUGAUAGACUAUACAAAUAAAGUGGUGUUUAAAUCAUCGAAAAUACAGUACUUCCCAAAUGCUAUUGCCGUUAGAGUUAAGUGUACUCUACAUAAAGAAAGUUAUGAGAAAGUGGUACCACUUAUACCAGUGAUAGAGUCGCCAACUGUCCGGGAAUUACCGGAUUCUCGAGACCUACCGAACGUAUUGUUCGUUGGCAUCGAUUCGGUGUCGAGACUGCAGUUCGACCGACACUUUCCCAUCACUGCCCGCAAUGUAAUCAGUGGACAGGGAUUUCACACAAUGUAUGGCUAUAACAAAGUGGCCGACAAUACCUUCCCAAACCUCACACCACUUCUCACCGGACUAUACGCCAGCGACAUAUGGAAUGAGACAAUGAACGCACAGUUCGACUAUUUUCCCUUCAUAUGGAAAGAAUACCAACGGAAAGGCUACCGAACCCUAUAUAUGGAAGACGCGCCGAAUAUGAAUACAUAUAACUAUAACAGAAAGGGCUUUAGAGACCCGCCCACUGACUACUACCUCAGGCCAUAUUACCUGGCUAUGGAUCACGAGACCAAACAUAAUUGUUAUCUUGAUAAACCGGAAGUAGUGGUAUAUUACGAGUAUUUGUUGGACUUUAUCCGUGCAAUGAAUACCAGAAAACACAAGUACUUUGCGUUUCAUUUUAUGGCUAAACUAUCGCACGAUAUCCUCAAUAACUGCGGAUAUUUUGAUCCCAUUAUUGAUAGACUUUUUGGACAAUUAUUUCGCGAAAAUCUGUUAACAAAUACAGUAAUCGUGUUCUUCUCGGACCACGGGUUGAGGUUCGGAGACAUACGACAAACACUGUCGGGAAAGUAUGAGGAAAGGCUGCCUUUUAUGCAUAUAUAUGUCCCCCAGAGAUACCGUUCCCGUAAUAUGACGGUCAAUGAGCACCGACUCACCACUCCUUUCGACAUACACUCAACGCUUAAGCAUAUUAUCGAAGGUAAACCUAACCAUACGUUAAGUUAUGGGUUAUCCCUAUUAGAGGAGAUCCCAUACGACAGGAGUUGCGAUAGUAUACCGAUAUUAGAGCACUGGUGCGGCUGUCAAACCAGUCAACCCAUACAUGACUUACACAGCGUUAGACCUAUGGCUGAGUUUGUGGUCACAAAACUCAAUGAUUUACUGCACGACAAGUAUCCAAAUGAAUGCUAA